AUGAAGAAAGAGGAGAGUGAUCAAAGACUCAGUCAGAAGAACAACAUCAUGAUCGUUUUUCUCUGGAUAAGCUUCAAUAUUUUUCAGGUUUCAGGUGAUGGAAUAGUGAUUCUUUUCACAUAUUUGUUCUUUGUACUUGUGAAGUAAGGUUGGUUUUAAAAGAACUUCAAGGUUUUGGUUUUCUUUAAUGACUGCAUAUUGUGGGUGUUUCUGCAGGUUCCUCAGACGGAAAAGACGUCAACCAGAAGCCGGAGAGAAUUUUCAGCAAACUGGGACCAUCAGUCGAAUUAAUCUGCAGUCAUGAAAUUGAUACCUACAACCGGAUCUACUGGUACAAGCAGGUGGAGAGCAAAGAGAUGCAGUUCCUGGGAUACAUGAAUGUAAAUAAUGGAUAUCCUGAAGAUGAGAAGAAAAUGAAAAUAACUGGAGAUGCACGGAAAAGUCAGAACUGCACAUUAACUAUUAAAACUGUGGACCUGAACAGCAGUGCAGUGUACUUUUGUGCUGCUAGUACACAAUGCUUCAUAUCUUGACUUCUCAAUACAAAAACCUCCUGCUGAUGUUUUUAUUUCAUCUCUGAGCCACACUUCACAGCCCUGUACACCUGUAUCACACCACUCUAACCAACAUUCGCCUUUUAUUUCUCAACCAGAUCAGAUAAUAUAAUGGAGACAACAGCAGCCACUGUAUUGGUUGCAAUUCUAAUAGGAUAUGUUUUAAAAUAUCAGAUCCAAUUUUUUAUUAUGUGUGCCAAUAGUCCACCAAACAAACCAAACAAUGAAACAACUUUAGCAACAAACCACCUACCUUGUUAUAAAUUAUAGAGAACUGCUGCAACAAAAACAGCAAUAUUAUACCUUUUCUGAAUCAUACUUUCUUUUAAGAGUAUGUAUAAAAUCAAAAUAUAGAACAUCUUUACAACGGCAACAACUGCAAAAUAAAAAGGAUGAAGCUACAGUGUAUGAAGGUCCUGAAGACUUUAACCAACAGGUGGAGGCAUAGCACACACAAUCCAGUGUUUACCACAGGGAAGUGGUGAUGAGUUAACUCCCACACACAAACACAAACACACAAAACAGCCUCUUCACUCUGUGUCUGACUGGCGCUCAUCAGGACCAGACUUCUCUCAGUACCUGACUAUGUCUUUAUCAAGCCAAACAUUUGGUUUUCUCCUCAUCUAUUUUCUUUGUAAGAUUCUGAAUGUUACUAUGUACUUUAUGAUGUUUAUUAUUACAUUAUGAUUUAAUUAGCACAAUGAGAAAUGACUUAAUUUCAGCUCUGCAUCUGUGUCAUUUUGUGUACUUUCCUCUUCCACAGGUCAGGUGAGCGCUGUUACAUUUAAUCAGUCUGUUCCACAGAUAGUGAAGAAAAAUAUUGAGGUCCGGAUGACCUGCAAACACGAUGAUACUAGCCUUCCAGUAAUGCUCUGGUAUCGGCAGAAAAAGGACAACUCCUUGACCCUCAUCGGGUAUGCAGUUGGGAAAGGUACACCGAGCUAUGAAGGAAGGUUUGAAGAAGAAUACACGCUGACAAAGGAGAGCUCAGAGAGUGGAGCUCUGAUUGUGAAAAACACAAACCUGUCACACUCAGCUGUUUAUUACUGCGCUGCCAGUAACACAGUGAUGUGGUUUAAUGACGCCCUCUUACUAAAAACCUUCUGUUAUUUCUGUUACUGA